AUGGCGACAAGAUAUGUCGGAGUACAUCGCGAUCCCCAAAGACCAGGCGACAAUCGUCCUACAGCUGCGCAAAUUAUCAAAGACGAGGGGAUUGAGAACAAAUGGACUGAAAAACUUGUUAUGAUUACAGGCUGUUCUUCCGGCCUGGGAAUAGAAAUCGCGAGGGCUCUCUCUGCGACAGGUGCUACAUUAUAUCUGACAGUCCGGGAUAUGGAGAGGGGCAGAGACGCUCUUGCAGAAUUGCUAGCAGCUUGCCCAGACCGGAUUCAUCUACUGCAAUUAGACCUCAGCUCGUUGGAAAGUGUACGAGCUUGCGCCCGGGAAUUCUUAGCCAAAUGCGUCCCACUAAAUGUCCUGGUGUGCAACGCUGGUGUUCUUAACACUCCGGAAGGCAAGACUGUGGAUGGGGUUGAGACCCAGCUUGGUAUCAACCAUCUUUCUCACUUUCUCCUUUUCAACCUCUUGGCACCAAAAUUGUCAGAAUCAUACAUACCGGGGUCCAAUUUCAAAUCCCGCGUGGUUUUCCUGUCUUCAAUGGCUCACCGGUUUGGCUCCGUUAAUUUCGACAAUAUCAAUCUAGACGGGAUUUAUAACCCUGGACAAGCGUAUUUCCAAAGCAAGACAGCCAAUAUAUGGACUGCCAACGAAAUUGAGCGUCGCUACGGACCAGCUGGAAUUCACGCAUGGAGUGUUCACCCUGGCGGCUCAGACACUGGCUUGCAUAGACACAUGUCAAAGGAAAGGCAGGAGCAACUGGCGCAGGAUGAAAGACUGGCGGCAGUUUUCAAAAGCCCUGCGCAAGCAGCUGCGACACCGGUGUGGGCUGCUUGUUCUAGUGUAUUGGAGGGCCGAGGCGGAAUGUAUCUCGAAGAUUGUCAAAUUAUUGGGAGAUGGGAUCCUAAGGAUGGUCCAUGGGCACCGGGAUACGCCCCUCAUACUUAUGAUCAGGUCUCGGAAGCUAAAUUAUGGACAAUUUCAGAGCGAAUGGCCGGGUUGUCGCCGGAAUGA